AUGGCACAAAAAACACACUACUAUUCCUUCGUAAGGCGGCAGCUUGAAAAAGCCCAGGUUAAAAAGCCGCACACGAAUGUUUCACAACGACCUGCUUUUGAGUCAAGUCCUUUAGGAUAUACCUUACGAAGCAAGUCAAAGUUUAGCGAAUCCGAAUAUCAGGAGAAAGAAUUCGAGCGAGGACGAUCAUACACUCCUCCAAUGCUUGAUUCUAGGCCACUUCCUUCGCCUGAUUUAAACGUAGAAAAGCAGCUACACUUCGAGACUCAAAGCAGUUUUCACGAUUUCAGUAACGACAAGGGAUCAUCCUUGCAUGAGCAGAUUCUCAGUCAUUUGUCGUCUUUACAGUCUUUGAAAAAUCUAAUUGAUUUGUUAUACCAAACGGUUGCUUCGUGUGUUCCUGGGAGAACAGAGAAAGUGGAAGGACAGUGCAGUUAUUGUGGAUGCUGCUGUGGGAAAGCUGAAAUUGAUGCAAAAUCUGAAGAGGAUUAUUUAAGACAGGGAUUAGAUAUGAUAUAACGCAGAUCAUCAAAUGGGAGGUCUAUUUUGCAGUAGACUAUUCCAUCAAAGGUGUAUGCCUCCUCCCCAUUUAAAUUGGAAAAAAAAACCUAUGUUCCAAUAGUUUUUUUAAAAAAAUAUAUAGAAUUUUUACUAUUUUAUUCCUAUUUAAAAGGGUUAAGGCUUUAGUCUUGGCUGGCUUAUGGAUUUCUGCGACUCUAUGCAAUGAGCGAUUAGGAGUAGUUUAAUUUAGAAUUAGCCUAUGAAUACCAAAAUGUAUUUUCAUUGGUAGAUACUAUUCCCCUAUGCUCAGGCCGAAACCAGUUUUUUAGUAGUAGAGGACACCCAAGGGUCCAAAGGGCAUGCUGGCACAUCCAUUACAGUCCCCGGAAAGCAGUCAAAAUCUACCUGGAUUCACACUUGCUGAGGCUGUAUUUAUUUCCCAGCUUCGAGUCUUCCCAACUACUCUGCCAAGAAGGCAGGCUGACCGUGGCCAUUUUAAUGCACAUCUGCAAAAUCUGAGGAGGCCUGCAAGCUUAUAAGGCUAGAAUUUACAAAUUUAGACUUAAAAAAGUGCUCCAAGUGUCAGCUGCUUUCACUUUUUCCUAAUAACUCUUCACAGACAGCCUGCGAAAUUUGUCUGCAGUCAAAGACAGCUCCAAAGCUGCUUAGCGAUGGGCUUGGAAUCACUAUGAAAAUUUCUCAAGAAAGCUCUGACGUUGCCGUGAGACCUAGAAGCCCUUCUCUUCAAAGCAAUAAACCUCUCUCAGGAAACUUAGAACUAAAAAUCGCAGGAAAAUCAAUAAAAAUUGAUAUAGGUAGACAAGCGAACUAUAUACAAGUAAUUUGCCCUCUCAGCCAGUCUAAGCGAAGGUCUUUAUCUGGACAUCAGCCAACGUCCCAGCAGCAAAACAACCCUAACCACUCCAAAGGAGGCAGCAUCACUAUUUUUGACAAGCCUUUUUCUCAAACAGAAACCCUCAAAGGCAUCAGUUCUUUGCUUUCUUCUCAAACUCACCGAUCCAGCUCAUCCUCAAACCUAUCCUCCCAAGGUCUAACAACUUGGGACGAAAUCCAGCAAAUCCUCAAAGAGCAGCUUAACACCUGUGAGUUUUCUACAGACCCCAAGCAGACCUGCCAGCAAUAUUUUUCAAAAUAUUUACCUAUAGUCAUCCUUUUGCUAUCAGAAAUUAAAGGCACUUUUCCGCUCCAGUCUAAGACCAUUGAAGCCACAUUUGAAGGGGUUCUGGCUCUAUGUGACUUUAUUUUAAAAGCCCAAAAGGAUUCAGAAAAAAAAAUGGACAGCUUAAACCAGCAGGCUCAAUUAAGACUGGAAGAAAAUAUCAUGUUAAAAGGCAAGCUUAUGCAGUUACAGAAUACCUUUAGAGAGCACGAGCUCAAAAGUGAAGAAAAAAUCGAACAAAUGAACGCUUUGGUCAAAAAAUAUGAAAACCUGCUAGAUAUGUAUAGAAAAGAGCUCGCCACUCAUAAUAAAUUGAGCGUAAUUAAGGAAGAGCUUCAGGAGUAA